AUGGAAUCUUUAGCUAACUCCAUGAUGGAAUUUAACUAUGAGCCUGAUAGUGGUUUAUUAUUCGAUUCUUGGUACAAUCGUUACAGACACAUCUUUGAAAGAGAAGCCAGUCCUCUGGACGAUGCAGGCAAAGUUGGUCUCUUAUGGAGGAAAAUGUCUAAUCACAUUCAUAAACGUUUUACAAAUAUUGUUUUACCAAGACAACCCCAUGAACUUUCUUUGGAAGACACACUCAAGCAUCUUUCCAAACUGUUUGGCAGAACCGAAUCACAAGUAAGUCAACGUUGCAAGUGUCUUCAAAUAUUGAAGAUGGAAAACGAAGAUUUCAAGGAGUACGCAAGUCGAGUUAAUCUUCAAUGUGAACUUUUUAAAUUAGAUGAACUAAACGCAGAUCAGUUCAAGUGCUUAAUUUUUAUACUUGGUCUUAAAUCAUCCGAUGACGGUGAAAUCAGAAUCCGUUUGUUAAGACACCUCAACGACAGCAAUGAAAUGGUCAAAUUGGAAAAGCUGGUCGAUGAGAAACAAAAUGGUUUUUGCAAAGCCAGUCAUGAUUCAAACUCAACGACUAACAAAACAAAGCAUCAAAAUUCCAACAGCAGCAACAACAACAAAACAAGAUUCAGUGCAAAAUCAGUGUUUGCUGUAAAUCAAGUUCAAUUCAAGAAAUUAAGAAAAUACGUCACAGUGAGUAUGAAUGCAAAACAAGUAAAGUUACAGGUGGACACGGCCUCUGACAUAACGAUUAUUUCAAUCUCAACGUGGAAAUUUAUCGAAGAGCCAGAAGCAUUCACAACGACAGACACGGCAAAUGAUGCAAAUGCUAAUAAAAUCAAAUUAUUGGCAACAUUUUCAACGGAAGUCACAAUAGGCGAAAUAUCCAAGAUUGUGGACUGCUAUAUUUCAAAUACAGAAAACCUGGAUAUCCUUGGCAUAGACUGGAUUGAGAAAUUUAAUUUGAAGUGUUUGACAACAGCUCAUUGGGCUUCCAACUUCCAAAAUGCAAAAGAGGUUUUUAUACCCAAACGUCCAGUUCCAUAUGCGGCACGCAGUGAAAUUGAAAUGGAACUACAACGUCUGGAAAAUGCAGGUAUAAUUACUCCAGUGGACACAUCAAAGUGGGCAGCUCCUAUAGUAGUUAGUAAACGAAAUAGAAAAGUCAGGAUUUGUGGAGACUAUUCAACCGGUCUAAACAACGCUAUAGAAUUAAACCAGUAUCCACUGCCUACACCAGAGGAUAUUUUAUCGGAAUGUCGUAAUUGUUCAAUUUUCACACAUUUGGACUUAUCAGACGCUUAUCUCCAAGCAGAGAUUGAUGAUGAGAGUAAGGAGUUACUAACCGUAAACACCCACAAGGGACUAUUCAAGUUCAACAGGUUGACUCCAGGUGUAAAAUGUGCACCAGGAGCAUUUCAACGUAUUAUGGAUCAAGUCUGUGCAUAG